UUUGAAAUUUUGCAACCCUUUUGUUAUGGUCAGAAUUAAUAGAAUUUAACAAUAAUUCAAUUAUUGAAUUAAACUAUUUUUGCACUAUAUAAUGUAAAAUAAAUGUGUACAAACGAAUUAGUGAAGUGUUAGUGGAUAUAAAAGUGGAAAAUAUAAGUGUAUAACUCAUUCGAAAUGGGAAAAAUGCGUACUUUAAAUAGUCGAAAUUUUGAACUUUAAACCCAAUUAUCUUGAAAACUAUAAGUUUCCCGCGGCUAUAUCUAUAUAUAUUCUUUAUCUGGAGGAUCUCCUAUAUCCGCCCAUACCCAUUUUAUCCCCGAAAGCGUGGGACGUUAUACUAAAGUUUUCCCGUGCAUUUAAACAAAUAUAAUAUUAUCUGUGUGAUUUUACGAGCAAAAGUGUUUCCCUUUUGUCCCACCGUGUAUAAUUAUUGUGAAAUAGUGUCAGUGCAUUAGUAGCAACGUGAAAAUUUGUGCAAUUUAGUUAAAAAAUUAAAACGAUUUCCCACUAAAAAAAUAUAAUACAAAUCUACCAAAACCUAGAAGGAUUCGUAAGAUGGGCAACAUUCAUACGACUGGACCAAAUGAGGCGUUAAUUGUUUCAGGUGGCUGCUGUGGUUCGACCAAAAAGCGCACCAUUGUCGGCGGUUGGGCAUGGGCCUGGUGGCUGGUGACAGAUGUGCAGCGCCUCUCGCUCGAGGUGAUGACACUCAAUCCCAUGUGCGAGAAUGUCGAGACGGCACAGGGUGUGCCAUUAACUGUAACCGGUGUUGCUCAGUGCAAAAUCAUGAAGGCUGACGAAUUAUUGGGCACCGCCAGCGAACAGUUUCUGGGCAAGAGCGUCAAGGAGAUCAAGCAGACGAUAUUGCAAACAUUGGAGGGACAUUUGCGUGCCAUUCUCGGAACGCUUACAGUAGAAGAGGUUUACAAAGAUCGCGACCAAUUCGCUGCGCUGGUACGCGAGGUAGCCGCACCUGAUGUCGGUCGCAUGGGCAUUGAAAUACUCUCAUUCACCAUCAAGGACGUAUACGAUGAUGUGCAAUAUUUGGCAUCGCUGGGCAAGGCGCAAACGGCGAGCGUAAAACGUGACGCUGAUGCGGGUGUGGCCGAAGCCAAUCGUGAUGCCGGCAUACGCGAAGCUGAAUGUGAAAAGAGCGCCAUGGACGUGAAAUAUUCCACGGACACCAAGAUCGAGGAUAAUUCGCGUAUGUAUAAGUUGCAAAAAGCCAACUUUGAUCAGGAGAUCAAUACAGCGAAAGCUGAAUCACAAUUGGCCUACGAAUUGCAAGCCGCAAAGAUACGACAGAGAAUACGUAACGAAGAAAUACAAAUCGAAGUUGUCGAACGUCGCAAGCAAAUCGAAAUUGAAGCGCAAGAAGUGCAGCGCAAAGAGCGCGAACUAAUGGGUACCGUUAAACUGCCAGCCGAAGCGGAGUCACAUCGUGUGCAGACGAUUGCGCAAGGCAAACAGUGUCAGACAAUCGAGGCGGCACGUGCAGAUGCCGAAAAGAUACGUAAAAUAGGUUCAGCCGAAGCUCACGCCAUUGAGCUUGUCGGCAAAGCAGAGGCGGAGCGCAUGCGUAUGAAGGCGCAUGUCUACAAACAGUAUGGUGAUGCUGCCAUCAUGAAUAUUGUACUCGAAUCUCUGCCUAAGAUCGCUGCCGAAGUAGCUGCACCACUCGCCAAGACCGAUGAGAUCGUACUCAUUGGCGGCAAUGAUAACAUAACCAACGAUGUUACACGCCUAGUAGCACAAUUGCCACCGUCCAUCAAUGCGCUCACCGGCGUUGAUUUGUCGAAAGUAUUGUCGAAAAUACCCGGAGCCAAAGCGUGAAAUUCAAUGCAGCACUCAAGCAUGCAAACACCACAAGAUGCCCGAACGAUGAUGUUGAUGACAUAAAGAUUAAAACGAUAAAUGGAACGACAAGUUGAAAAUGAUAAUUGAGACGCGAAACAAAAGAAAUAAAUAUUAUGAUAAAAAAAUAAAUGGAAAACAUUAUGAAGAAAAAUGGAGAAGAAGAAAGUGCUGAACAUAAACGAAUUAUGACAUAAAAUAAAGAUUAUACAAACACAAUCUCAAAAAAACAAUAGGAAAGCUAACUCGAUGUUCAGAAAUCAAUAAAGCAAAGUAACUGUUCAGUAUAAGAAAACAUAAUUAUUAAAAAUGAAAGGAAAAAUAAAAAAUUGGACGAAAAAUUAAAUAACAAACUCAAAACUAAAAACAAACUCUGGCUUAAGCGUCUAUUUUGCAUUGAAUUAGUAAUCAAAUAUACUCGCCUCCUUAAUAUAAAUGUACAACACACUUUUAUACAAGCAAGCAUAUACAAUCUUACAUAGUAUCUUUAUAUGUACAUAUGUACAUUUGAAAAAAUUCAAAUUAUUAAAAAAAAAAACGUUUUAGGCACAAACGUAACUACAAUACAUUAAAGAUUCUUCAAAUGUUUGCAAAUUUCCUUAAUAACUACAGUACUGAGUAAUAAAAGGAAACUAAAUAAAUUAAAAGUAGUUUUUACAAACUGACUGGCAAAAAAAGCAAAAUAUCUAUAUAACUCUCUUCCGUUUCAUACCCACAUAAAUGCAUUGUAAAAGAACUAUAUUACUGUCUCAGUGUUUCCCAAUCAACAGAAAUAUGAACAUAAUAUACAUAUGUAAAGCGACUUUCUCAAUUAAAAGUAUUUAAAGUUAACAACGUACACUUUGUAAUUUAGUUUUGUAUGUGCAACUUUUGAAUUAACAGAAAUGAAAGAAGUGUUUGACUUAGCAAAAGUUAGAAGAAAAGUUAUACAUAUAGUAUAACAUCAACUUAGGCAAGUUUUGUUGUAGCAUUCUGGGUAAUUAACUCCUGUUAUUUUCAAAAUUAUUUACAUUUUCUCUAUUGACAUUACCAUAUGUACGAAAAAUAUGAAGUAAAUAUAUUAUAAAAACACUGGUAGUUAACUUUUUUUUAAAUUUAAAAUUUACAAUUAAAUAAAAAAUAUAAUAUAAUAAGAAUAAUAAAUAAAAAAGCUGUUGUAUGAGCAGGUGUUUAGCUUGUAUUUUAUAUACAUAUACAUUGCAGAUACAGUACGUAGUCUUCUGAAAGUGCAUUCGAAGCAUACGUUUAUAGCAAUUAUAUCAAAUAUACAUUUGGAAAGAAAACGGAAAGAAACAGUUCUGCAAUGAAUAUGCGUUUUAAACCAUCACUUUUAUUUUAACUAUAUACUUUACAUACCUAGGUAUGUAUGCAAUUUAUUUAAAAAAAAUUCAAUAUGUUAUGCUUUCUUUUAAAGUUUACCCUACUUUAACUUAAGUAAGGAAAUCGAUAACUCAACUUCAGAAACUCGUAAACAUUCAAUUACAAAGAUAAUUCUGUAGACUAUCAGACUUCUCCACCGAAUUGGACGCCAAAGACUGGACAAUAGGUAUAUGUCCAUUUAGUAACAAGAAAUAGUGGUUAAUUGAACAAUAAAUCAAAUUAAAAGCAAAUUAUGUAUAUGUGCUUAUAUUAAUACAUUUUAGAUGGUAUUUUGUACAGUUGAUAUCAAUAGAACAAAAAUAAUCAAUCAAACUGUAUUUUGGUGUUCUACAAGUUGAUAGUUUGACAACAAAAAGUUGUCAGUUUGACAUUUAAACGCUCAGCACAAAUUUAUAGUGUUUAUAUUCAAAAUGUCAAAAAAACUGUUGUUUUGUGUUUCUCAUGAUUUUUCUGUUUACAAUUUAAUGAUUUUGUGCGAUUUACAAUCUACAUAUGUGUUAUCACUCAAAAAACGCACUUUCAUUGGUUGAAAUAUUUGAAAGAUGUAUUUUGGAAUCAUAAAAUCAAGACAAUACUAAGCAAAUCGACUGAUUUUGACACUAUGGAUCCACAUACUUUUGAAAAAUUGUUGUUUUUGAGCUAUCGACACAACCUAUGUAAUUGAAUCAUGGAGCCCAUUCGUUUGGAAAAAAUUAAGUGAGCUGACACUGGCAGUUCAAUGCGCCAUGCAAAUAAAAAUGUAGAAAAAUAUUAUAUUUUCCUCUUCGUUGACAUAUGGUUUUAACUAAUAAGCGAAGUAACCUAAAAGACAUAUUUACGUUUUCUUUUAUUAUGAAGUUCAAAUAAAAGUCCAAAUAUUUUAAUCAAGGUUCAAUAAAGUGGAGAAAACUAACUGUACAUUGUUUGCGAGUUUUGAAUUGAAAUUAACAAACUAUGUUUAGUUCAAAUAAAGUAAUUAAAACAUUGUUUUUCAAAUAUAGAGAAAUGUGUUCCACUUACUAUAUGUAAGUAUAUUAACACUCGGUUACGUUAUCGACCAAUUACUUUCUGCUAUUAAUCUUAAACUUAAAGAACUACAACAAUUUUCCUACAUACAGAAUGCAUUUACAUCAUUUCUUUACUCUCAACAUUUAAAACUAAAAAUAUUAGGGGUAUUAAGACUGAAUAUGUUAAUCUGUUAAUUCGUUAGUUAAUACUUCGUUAAAACAUUUAACUCUUAUCUCAGUAGUGUGGUAUAUUUUAUUACAAAACAGCUAAUUCAAAUUUAUUAAAUACUUACUUUUAAAAAAUAUGUCUAAAACUAUUUUGUAGCGAGCAGAAAAUGUAUUUUUUCGCAAUGAAUCAAAUAAACUUUUUAGGCUACGACGCAAAGCAAAUAACUGAUUUGAUGUUACCAAGUAAAGAAAAAAUUAUCAAGCUUACUCGGUAGAACGAUAAUCCGUUAGUUUUACAAAAACAAAAUGCUCGUCAAAAACUACCGAAUACCGUAACGAAUUAAUAAAGCUGGUGUGAAUACCCCUA